UCCCAGCUGCGGCCAAUGGCGCCGAAGGUGAGGGUUGAAGGGUGGAAGGUGCUCUGUAGCUGGUCGUGCUGGUUUCUUCCCGCGCGUGUGCUGGGCUACCUGGUCGUCAUGGAGGCAGUCUUGACCGAGGAGCUUGAUGAGGAGGAGCAGCUGGUGAGAAGGCAUCGCAAAGAGAAGAAGGAGUUGCAAGCCAAAAUUCAGAGUAUGAAGAAUGUUGUUCCCAAGAAUGACAAAAAGAGGAGGAAGCAACUCACUGAAGAUGUUGCUAAGUUAGAAGCAGAAAUGGAACAGAAACAUAGAAAGGAACUGGAGCAAUUGAAGCUGACUUCUAAGGAGAGUAAAAUAGAUUCUGUUGCUGUUAAUAUUUCAAACCUGGUUCUUGAGAAUCAGCCACUUCGGAUAUCAAAAGCACAAAAGAGACGGGAAAAGAAAGCUGCAUUGGAAAAGGAGCGGGAAGAAAGGAUAGCUGAAGCUGAAAUUGAAAACUUAACUGGAGCUAGACAUGUAGAAAGUGAAAAACUUGCUCAGAUACUGGGAGCUAGACAGUUGGAAAUUAAACAGAUUCCAUCUGAUGGGCACUGUAUGUAUAGAGCCAUUGAAGAUCAACUGAAAGAACAGGAGUGCACUCUGACUGUGGCUGCAUUAAGAAGUCAAACUGCUGACUAUAUGCAAAGUCAUGUGGAAGACUUCCUGCCAUUUUUAACGAAUCCUAAUACAGGAGAGAUGUAUACGCCAGAAGAGUUUGGAAAGUACUGUGAUGAUAUUGUAAACACAGCUGCAUGGGGAGGUCAGCUUGAGCUAAGAGCCUUAUCUCACAUUUUACGAUCACCAAUAGAGAUAAUACAGGCAGAUUCUCCUCCUAUUGUAGUUGGUGAAGAAUACUCAAAAAAACCAUUAAUACUUGUAUAUAUGAGACAUGCAUAUGGCUUAGGAGAACACUACAAUUCUGUUACACAGUUGAACACAGCUACUGAAAAUUGCAGUUAGUCUUAUAAAGUGUUGCAGUUUUGUUUUAGUACAGUGUGCUGAGCUGAGUGUUCAUACCAAGUAUUGGAUUGUUCAAAUGUUUCUGAAAAACACAACUACCUUCAACUACCUUAAAUCAGUUUUAAGGCAAAGUUACUAAUAGGUUUUAAAAAAAUGUAUCAGAGAUAAAUUUUAACAAGUGUCCCCUAGUGGUGUCUUUAAAACACUUGUAAGUCCCUUGUGGUGGACAUCAUUUAUAGAUCAAGUGCUGAUAUUUUUAUUAAUAUAAGAACCUCAACAUUCUGUUCUGUGUUGAAAUAAGAUAAAAACCAUUUUUUCCUCCCUAUUACUGAAAGCUUUCAGUAACCAUAUUAAUGUAAUUUGUCUUGAAGAAAGGAAAGACUCAGUCUCUGUGACAUUGCAAUAAUGUGGUGAUGGUGAUAGCAAAUUUAAUUAAUGCUUCUAAAUGUACUUGAUUACAAUAACCUUGGUGUUGAUGGGAUUAGUGUUUUGAAGCUUUCAAUAUAAUCCCAUCAAAGUGCAGCUAAGAAGCUUGUUUUAAUAAUUUUAAAAUAUUCAGAUGGGAAUCAGUUAUUAAGUUUUAAGAAAUGAGACAAAUUCAUAGGUAAAUAGGUGUUCCCAAACAGAUUUAAAUGUCUAAAGAAUUACAUAUAAAUCUUUGGUGUAUAACUUAAGAAGACUCAGCAGAUUACUGCCUUUCUAAUUCAUUGUUAUACUAGCUGUUUCUUAAAGUUCAGAAUGGUUAUACCAUUAUUUCUUGAUUAUUUUCAUAAGUAUCAAUUUUUAUAUUAUUUGCUGUAUUUUCUCCAUCAGUAUUCAGCUGCUUUGCUGUCCUUGCAGCCUUUUCCACUAAGAAAUAGUUUUUGGCCUUUCUUAUUCUUUAAAUUGUGCAAAUAGAAAGAGUAGCAAUGUAAUAAAAGGGUCCAAGGUUAAAUUUACUUCAAAUUCCUUCUCUUUUCCAAUUUGUCCUACAAGAUCUUUCUUUUGCUUCGUUCUCUAGGAUUAGAAGAAAGCCUUUGUUACUUGUUAUUUUGUUUGCCUUACUAAUGUCACCUUUCCUCAAAUAUUUGAGACAAAUGUUCACAGAUAUUUGAGGAUUUUUAUGUUAUGUAUAUGGAUAAAGUUGAAAGCCACUGUUUGGGAACCAAGGCUAUAUAAUCAGUACAAUACUUUUCAGUUGAAUAAUUUGUCUAACUUAGAUUUUAGGUUACUUCUAACAGUAUUCUCUCUAAAGAGAUAGUUCCUAUAUAUAUAUAAGUGUGUCUGGUAAUUUGUAAGGAGGUUUUAUGAAAAUGAGACCUUUUUGGUUUGAUCUUUUUCUCAAAUAAGAAAUAAGUAGCAAGAGUUUGCAUUAAGUUUAUAAUAUUUGAAUUUUUUUCUCCGUGAAUGCAACUAAUUUUCAUAAGCAAAUACUGGGUUUUAUAAUAUUAAAAAAUGUGUCAGUAUCAUAUGCACAGGGGGUGACUAUGUAGGUGGCUGAUAGGAACUGCUAUGGACAGGUAGAGCAAGUAAGUACUGCGUGAAGGUUUUCUACUUCCAAAGAUUAAGAAUCAUUCUGCCUGCAAACAAAAUAUAUUCUGAAGCCUAUUUAUUUUGUAAUCCUUGUUCUGAAGUUUUGGGGGUCUGAAAUUUAUAAAAAAAGUAUGAAAUUAUAAAAUACUAAGCAGCUUGGCUUUAUUUUAAAGUAGUACGUUACUUUAAAAGAAAAGCAUUAAUAAGUAAUAAAACAAGAUAGAAUGAAAUUAGUCAUUAUAAAUUCCACCUAUAUUUAAAGUAUUCUAAAAUACUGUAUUUAACUUAUGGUAGCUAUUUUUUUCUAGCUGGUUGAGUGAAAUUUAUUAUUUUUUUUAUUUUUUAAAUGACCAGUAUGGUUAUGAACAAGAUUUGUAUAGUCAGCUUCUUUGUUUCAUAACACUUCAGUAAAAGUUAUUUUAAAAGCUGUAACAUAAAAUUAAACUCUUAAAAAAUGGCAGAUGUCAUGCUGGUAUCUUAUGGAAGUUUCAUAAGCGUUCUUUUGUCCUAACUCAGAAAAAUAUAUGUCAGAGUUCUGGAAUAUAUCUUUAGUCAAAAAUUUUAUCCACAUAAAUAUGUUUACAACCUAUAUAAAGCAAAAAAGAAUGUGUGUAACUAUAGUGAGCAAUAUAAUUUUGCUCAUGUUAUCUGAUGUUGUUAAAAGAAAAAUAAAAGAAUGAAUUAAAUCAA